UUAACUAAUUAAAGCUAUCUAUAAAUUCACACUAAUGUUCUUAUAAUUAUGCUCCAUCGCUCAGUAUAACCAGAUACAAAGUACCUGAUAAUAUAUGUGCAAACCAGUAAUGAAGAACAUAGUGCUAGCUUUUGUUCUUCUCUUUGCCCUAAGCUUACAACCACCACUCAGAGCAACUGAUGCACCAGCAGAGCCAGUAGUUGACACGUCAGGGAAGAAACUCCAAGUUGAUCAGAGUUACUACAUUGUUCCAGCUAUGAGAACCUUCACAAGAUGUGGAAAGUUGGAAUGUUUGAAUGCUGAAGGCCUUUCACUUGCCAACAUUGGUGAGACAUGCCCUCUUGACGUUGUGGUUGUGCAAAGAUCUUUUGGCUUGCCACUGUCAUUUUCACCCUUUGACACCAAUGAAGGUGUUGUUCUUGAGUCCACUGAUUUGAACAUCGUGUUCUCCACCGAUCGUACUAGUUGUGAUGAGUAUUCUCUGGUGUGGAAAUUGGACCACUUUGGUGGCUCUAAAGGAGAGUGGGUUGUGACCACUGGUGGCUCUAAGGGGAACCCUGGUAGGAGAACCAUACGCAACUGGUUCAAAAUUGACAAGUGUGAUGGUGCUUAUAAAAUUGUUUAUUGUCCCAGUGUGUGCCUUUCUUCCAAACACUUGUGCAAGGAUGUUGGUGUUUUUGUGGAUGAGAAUGGCAAUAGGCGUUUGGCUCUCAGCGAUGUUCCAUUCAAAGUUAAGUUCCAGCUUGCAAAAUCAAAUUAAGCUCAAUAAAUAAAUCACAAACAAUAAGUGUGUUUAGUUUCUUUAUAGCAUUCAAGUUCAUUAAGUGCUUAUAGGUUUUUUCAUAAGUUAGAUUUGCAUGCAUGUUAUGUUAAAAGUAUUAAUAAAAAGAAGAAAUAUCUUAUCGUUGUGUAGUUGUUUCAAGUUUAUUUACAUAAUGCAUUAUGUCUCAAUGUUACGG